AUGGCGGGGAUAAAGGAUGAGGAGUUACCUUCAAUGGUGCUCCGGUAUUGUUCAGAGCGUGUGCGGAAGGGAAUGAAAUACGAGCCGGAGUUUGACUCAACGGCCACAGACUGGGAGAAGGUGAAGGAGCGACUGCGUUUCUACUAUUCAUCUUCAGAUGAAAGGGAUCGUGGUUCGGCCUCGCGCUUGCGUAGAUUUUCUGAAAGAAAGCGAAAGGUUGGGAGCCGCCACGCUCUGGACAAAUACAUACAAGGAUUCAAGGCGAAAGCCGGGAACCUUGUGGCUCGGAAGCAGAUUACGAAGGAGGAGCAGGAUAUUUUGUUCUACAAGGGUCUACCAAAGUGUCUGAGGAGCGAGAUAAAGGCACCUGUUGAAAAGGCUGCUGGAAAGCCGCUUACGCAGAUGGACCCACCCAAGAUGGCUAUUGUAAUUGGGGAGACGCAAAAGCAUUUCAGUGAAGAGGACGUGGACUAUAGCUCCAGUUCUCCUUCGGAUAGUGAAGAGGGGGACAGUGAGGACGAUACAAGUGACACAUCAUCUUCGUCUUCGAGUUCGGAGUCAGAUGACUUGGAGGAGGAACGAGAGAAGCGGUGA